AUGCUUAUGUUCAACAGACGGAGCAUUUUCUGCUGAUUUACAGCAUCGCUAUUGUUUAAGGCAUUCGCUGAACGGCGGUCACUUGAGCGAUGACCAACGCAAAGCGGCAGUAGAGACUCGUACGCCUAAGGAGUCUCAACGAACUCAGAUCCAAGAAGCGCUGAAUCGCCAGACGUACGAUCAGUUUCGGCAGUACGCACAACAGCAGUUCCCGGGAGAUGUUGAACAGGUCGGUGUAUGGUCGUUUACUGCCUGCUUGUUUUAA